CAGCAAAAGGAAAGCAGCUCAGAAAGCCGGUGCAGGAAAAGCAAAAAAAGAAUAUAAAAAAAUAAAAAAAAAUAAAAAAUUAAAAAGGUUGAGAACAGCAGAAGAAGAGGGCGAGUCCCCGAGAGCGACAUUUGGGACAGAAGAAACCAGGAAGCAAGAUAGAGAGAGAACCGAUUCCGAAUCGAAGUCCAUUCACGAGGGAGCUCGAUCUAUAAAAUAGGGAAAGAAACAAAACAAGAGUGCUGGAGCUCUAAAUUGCGAAGCGGUAGGCUUGAAUCAUUUAUGGGUUGAGGGGAUAUUGCCCGUAUGGAGCAUCUCAAAGUUGCCACCUUUUUUCAGGGGCCUUCGUAUUAUCGCUUGUUAAUAUUUACAAUCUGGAUAUGUGGUUUGCAAGAUGUAGUGCCGCAGAAAACAACUUUUCAACCCAAGUCUCAUGUUCCCGACAAAUUUAUUCUGUCUGACCCACCUAGUGGACUCUUUGAUCCCAUAGAAAUUUCACCUGCUGUGGUUCCACCUAACCCAUAUCCUGUUGAACCACAAUCACCAAUGUACCCUUCAUUUCCAGACACAUAUGAACCAGUCUUGACUGGGAGAUGCCCUGUGAAUUUUUCUUCUAUUUCAAGUAUUAUAGACAGGACGGCAUCUGAUUGUGCUGAACCUUUGGCUGCACUUAUUGGAAAUGCAAUUUGUUGUCCUCAGGUUAAUAGUUUAAUGCACAUUUUUCUGGGUGCCUACAACAAUGUAUCUAAUGCAUUAGUUCUUCAUCAAGCUGCUGCAAAUGAUUGUUUUUCAGAUAUUAUAAGUAUUUUAGUCAGCAGAGGGGCAAACAGCACUAUCCCUACCCUGUGCUCGGUGAAGUCUUCAAAUCUCACUGGUGGUUCUUGUCCUGUAACGGAUGCUAAAUCCUUUGAGAAAGCAGUAAACACAAGCAAAUUACUAGAUGCCUGCAGUACUAUUGACCCACUUAAGGAGUGCUGUAGGCCUAGUUGUCAGCCUGCAAUCAUGGAAGCUGCACUUCACAUAUCAUCAGGAGGAGCUAGUGUUGCGGACAGUUCUAAUAUUUCUGGGGCUGUUGUUGGGGUUGAUGUUAUAAAUGACUGUAAGACAGUAGUUUAUGCAUGGCUUUCCAGGAAGCUUUUGCCUGAGGCUGCUAACAGUGCAUUUCGGAUGUUAUCUAGCUGUAAGGUUAACAAAGUUUGUCCGUUGAAAUUCAAAGAGCCCUCGGAUGUAAUCAAUGCAUGCCAUGAUUUAGCUUCUCCGAAUCCUUCCUGCUGUAAUACAUUAAAUGCUUAUGUUGCAACAUUACAAAGGCAAAUGCUAAUAACAAAUAAGCAAGCCAUCAACUGUGCUACUUUGUUUGGGUCCAUGCUACAGAAAGGCGGCGUUACAACAGAUAUAUACGAGCUUUGCAAUGUCGACUUGAAAGAUUUUAGUCUUCAAGCAUAUGGGCAACAAGGCUGUCUGCUUCGGAGCUUGCCAACAGAUAUUAUAUUUGACAAUGUUACAGGUUUUAGUUUUACAUGUGAUUUGAGUGACAAUAUUGCUGCACCAUGGCCUUCAUCAUCUUCUCUUCAAUCCUUGUCCCUUUGUGCCCCGGAAAUGUCAUUGCCUGCAUUGCCACUACCUGCUUCUGGAAGCUUCGGCACUAAUGUCAAUGGAGCAAGAAUUCUUACAUCCUUCAUCGCCUAUUUCAUUUUGUGCAUGUCUUUAUGAAGUAUGGCCACAGUUGUUAAAGAUCUGGCGAUGGAAUGGAAGUUGCAGAGGAUGAGAGAGAUUCUUUACUCACCUGGUCUCUGCACCGAUUGAGCUGAUCUAUUUUCAUGUACAGCAGUUGUUUUUUGGCCAAUGUUUUUCUUGAUUCUGGACACAGGGGAGUGGUUUAUUUUCGAGUCAGGGAUUGAGCCCUGGAUAUGGCACGAGAACCCCCACUGGAUAUCACCAGAACACAGUAGGAAUGAUCAAAUGAUGCAAAUACCCAUCUGUCUGACCAUUUCUCACUGUAUAUUCAAGUUGGUGAUAUGGGUAUCUCAUCAUCCCAAGUUACAGAAUGCAUCAUUGAAAGCUAGAAGGCUGUUGAUAAGUCAGUUCUUAAGCUUCAGGUUGUCCGAAAUCACUAGAUGCCAUUCACCAUCCUUCUUGUCCUGUUUUUUUAGCAGUGCUGGCCUUGCAGAAUUUGUAUGCAGUAGUGACCGAAGAACUUGCCUCCACCACUUUUCGGCCUAUCUUAUUGUUGGCGGGUGCUUAGUGAAAGCAUGACUUUUUGGUGUGUAUAUAAAGAUGAGUGAUAGCCUACAAAUUAAUCCUAUUCGUGCCAUUUAAUUUUUAUGUAAGCCUUGGUGGAUAUUCGGUUUCAACAUAAAGUUUCUAAAGCUGGGGUGGUUGAUCGGU